AUGGACGAGCGAAAGAACAUUUGGCAAAGUCGCUUUUAUAUAGUUCCUAGAGCGUACAUGAGCAUGGUAGGAAUAUGGCCCUAUCAUGCGUUUCGCGACAGGUGUCUUCUCUUUGUACCGAUGUUUACGUUUUCCAUCACCAUUCUUGUACCUCAACUACUGUAUCUUCUAAUCGCCGCGGCGGAUCUCGACGAUGUGUUCUCGUGCACCCCGUCGAUAUGGAUCACCAUAAUAUUCAGCUUCAAAUUAGGGUGGUUGAUGGUAAACAACAAGAAAUUGAAGACCUGUCUUAAAACGAUGGAGGACGACUGGUUGUCGUUGAAUACGGAUGUAGAAAGGUCCAUUCUACGACGGCACACCGCGUACGGGCGGUACAUCACUCUGACAUACGGAGUCUUCAUGCAGUGCGUGGCAAUUCUUCUCAUAGCGAAGUCGGUCGUGGUGAUGCUGCUGGAGGAUACCUCGGACGCGACGGUAUCCUCCCUGGUGGCGGAAUCGAAGCUACCCCUGCGCGUGGAAUACGGCGAGACGUUAGACCAGCACCUGUAUCCGAUGGCGGUACACUGUUACCUAGCCGUGUUCUCCCACAUAAGCAUCACGAUCGCGGUCGAUUCCUGCUACAUCGCUCUGAUCCGGCACGCGUGCGGGAUGUUCGCGAUCGUUGGACACACGCUGGAACACAUCGGCAAAGACAGCGAUGGCAAUUUCGAACUGAAACCCGACAAGGUAAAAGACGUCAAUUACAACAGAGCUUUGGGCUGCCUGCGCAAGCAUCUGCAUGUGAUACAAUUCGCGGAACUGAUCGAGUCUACGUUCACAAAUAUAUUCCUGGUCAGCGUUUGCCUGAACAUGAUUGGCGGCAGUAUGAUCGGCAUACAGGUGGUCUUGAACUUGAACAACGCGAAGGAUAUCGUAGAACCCUUUGCUAUCUAUAUCGCUCAACUCAUUCAUCUCUUCCUACAAUUCUGGCCAGCUCAAUUUCUAUUAGAUUACAGCAUCCUUCCGUACGAGUCGAUUUGUAGAUCAAAUUGGUAUUACACUUCGGGGAGAUGUCGAAAACUUCUUUUUUUAAUUAUGAAUAGAAGCGUGUUACCAUGUAGAAUAACUGCUGGCAAAGUCGUGCCUUUGACUAUUGCAAACUUUGGCACGGUUCUGAAAACAAUGAUGUCUUAUUUUACGAUGCUGCGUUCUUUCAAUUGACGACUUCAACGCAUUUCUGCAGUUUUUUAAUAAAAUUGUAAAAUUCAUUUACUCAACAUUUACUCGUGGUUUGUCAAUUUCAGCAAGCGAUCGGUCUGGGUUACUUUAAAGAAAUCGAAAAUACGACGAAAUAUAUUAUACGCCAAUAGA